CCUGCCUCAAAGUCACACACAACCUUCAUCCAACAAAAUCGGACCUCAAGACUCCUUGGAGCUUCUUUCCAUUCGUCCUUGAGCAUCUUACGGUCCUUCCUUUCUCUAAUCGCAUUAGCUCCGAAGCUCAGACAUUUUUCUAUCGAUCAAGCCACGGUGUUUGCUUGUUUACACCUUUUGCACGACCUGUCGAGCCUCCUGAAGAUCAUAGUGGAUUCUUUGACGUUCGAGUGAGAUUAUAUACCUACCAGUUUGUUGCUUUCAACCUCCUUAAGCCGAACAAAUACGUAUAGCUAAGAUGAAUGCUACGCGUCGUUCAACCCGCGCUGCCGCAACUGAGAACAAUGAAAAUGCAACUCGAACUCGCACAACUCGCGCCGGCAAGCCCGUCCUCGUCGACGUCGACACCAAACCAACCAAGAGCAGUCUCGGGACCCGCAAGCGUGCUGCUCUAGGCGAAGUCACUAACGUCCACGUCAAGGAAGCCGCCGUCUCCAACGGCAAGGAGAAUGGAAAGGUUGCGGUGGAGGUUAAGCCCCGGGUAACCAGGACCAGGAGUACGAUUCGCCCGAAGAAGGAAGAGAAGGAAGAGGUUAAGGAGGAGGAGAAGUUUACGCGCAAGAGGACGGCGCCCGCCAUGAAGAAGGAGCGUGCGACUGUGUCUACUAAAUCUGCGACGUCUGCAGAGCCUGAAGUCAUCGAGGCUCCACCUACGAAGAAGGUCAAGUCUGAGGCACCGGUUGAGGAGGAACCUGCACCGUGGCUUGAGUUGGAUGCUGACGAUGCACAUGACCCGUUGAUGGUUGCCGAGUAUGUGGAGGACAUUUUCGAGUACAUGAAGGAGUUGGAGCAGAACACCCUCCCUAACCCCGACUAUAUGUCCCUGCAGAAGGAGUUGGCAUGGAAUAUGAGGGGUAUUCUUGUGGAUUGGUUGAUUCAGGUGCACACCAAGUUCAGGCUCUUGCCCGAGACGCUCUUUUUGGCUGUGAACAUCAUCGAUCGAUUCCUUUCCCGCCGAUUCGUGGCCUUGACGAGGCUGCAACUCGUUGGCGUUACCGCCCUCUUCAUCGCGGCAAAGUACGAGGAAAUCAUGGCACCUUCCGUCCAGAACUUCUUGUACAUGACCGACUCCGGAUGGGUCGAUGAGGACAUUCUCAAAGCGGAACGCUACGUCUUGCAGGUGUUGGACUUCAACCUCUCUUACCCCAACCCCCUCAACUUCUUGCGUCGUAUCUCCAAGGCGGACAACUACGACAUCCAGACCCGCACGGUCGCCAAGUACCUCAUGGAGAUCUCCCUCCUUGAGCACCGUCUCCUCGCCUUCCCUCCCUCUCAGAUCGCUGCGGCGUCCAUGUACCUUGCGCGACUUACCCUCAACCGUUCCGCAUGGGAUGUCAACUUUGUUCACUACUCCGGCUACACCGAAGACGAGCUCUUGCCGGUGACGGAGAUCAUGAUCAACUACUUGUAUGGACCUGUCAAGCACGAGGCUUUCUAUAAGAAGUACGCCAACAAGAAGUUCUUGAAGGCGAGUAUCUUUGUCAGUGACUGGGUCAACAAGUUGGAUAGAGAGGUCAAGGAGGAGGAUGCGUAUGGAUACGACGAGCAGGAGGAGUAAUUCUGCAUCCAGAGAGUGGUGAGCCGUGUUGCACAUGGGCAUCCGGGCGUGAGUGUUGUUUUACCUAUGAAGGGACUUGUGUGAUUUUAUGCGACGAAUGGAUUGAUGAGUUACGAUGGCAUACG